GGUGACAUGAGGCCUCUCUCUCACCUGUGUCCGCAGAGCAGCACGAGGAAGUUGGAGGACCUGAGCAGGGACUGUGACACAGACGUGGCCAAUGUCUAAGCUGCACAGGAUCCAACAGCAACGGAAGCACAGUUCUCCUCGCUCCCUGCAGCACCCCAAUCAAAAGACGACUUUCUUACUGCCCAUGGACCAGACGUUUGUCCCCAUGUCGAGGGAGGUGCAGUCUUCGCCAACCUGGCUGGAAGAAGUGAAGGUCCCUGCGGCCUUCCCCAAAGACUCCAGCUUUCUGAGUUUGAGCGAGCAGCAGACCCCAAAGGUCAAGGGGCCCAAGUGCAACCUGUACGCCGUGUACGAGCAGAAGGUGCGCCCAUACAUCGACCUCAUCGACUCCCUGCGGGCCCUUGGUGUGGAGCAGGACCUGGCCCUGCCCGCCAUCACCGUCAUCGGGGACCAGAGCUCUGGCAAGAGCUCCGUGCUGGAGGCUCUGUCGGGCGUGGCCCUCCCCAGAGGCAGCGGAAUCAUCACCAGGUGUCCUCUGGAGCUGAAAUUGAAGAAGCAGCCGUGGGAUCAGGCGUGGAAGGGGACGAUCAGCUACCAGGGAGUGCGGCUGACACUGGAGGAUCCCUCGCAUGUGGAGAGAGAGAUCCGAAAAGCCCAGAAUAUCAUCGCUGGCAGCAACACAGGCAUCAGCCAUGAGCUCAUCUCCCUGGAGAUCACCUCGGGCGAGGUGCCUGACCUGACCCUCAUUGACCUGCCCGGCAUAGCCAGGCUGCCCGUGGGCAAUCAGCCUCAGGACAUUGGCAAGCAGAUCAAGGCACUCAUCCGGAAGUACAUCCAGAGGCAGGAGACCAUCAACCUGGUGGUGGUGCCCUGUAACGUGGACAUCGCCACCACGGAGGCGCUGAGCAUGGCCCGGGAGGUGGACCCCAAUGGGGACCGGACCAUAGGAGUCCUGACCAAACCAGACCUCGUGGACAGGGGCACCGAGACUGGCAUCCUGCAGGUAAUGCAGAACCUCACGUACCCUCUCAAGAAGGGCUACAUGAUGGUGAGGUGCCGGGCCCAGCAGGAUAUCCUCAACAAUCUGACCUGUGCCGAGGCGGUCAAGAAAGAAAUGCACUUCUUUGAAACGCAUCCAUACUUCAGAGUCCUCCUGGAAGACGGGAAAGCCACGGUGCCCCGCCUGGCCGAGAGACUGACCAGGGAACUCAGUGUGCACAUCAAAAGAUCCCUGCCGCUGUUGGAAACUCAGAUAACAGAGCGCUACCUGCAGGCCACCGAGGAACUGCGCCAGUAUGGGGAGGACAUCCCCAAGCAGGAGGUGGACAAGAUUCUCUUUCUGAUUAAGAAAGUCAAGUUGUUUAACAAGGACAUUGAGAAGUUGGUGGAGGCGGAGGAGCUUGUACAAGGCAAGGAGACACGCAUGUACCACAAGGUCCGUGAGGAGUUCAAGACCUGGCACGGCAUUCUGAGCACCAGCAUCCAGCAAGUGAAAAGCAGCAUCCAGGAAGAAAUCUCCAAAUAUGAAAGCCAGUACCGGGGAAGGGAGCUUGCUGGCUUCAUCAGCUACAAGUCCUUUGAGAGCAUUGUGCAGCAGCACAUGGAGAGGCUGUUCAACCCUGCCCUGCAGGUGGUCCUCAAAACCAGUGAAAUUGUCCAUCAGGCUUUCUGUGAAAUGGCUGUUAAGCAUUUCAGCGACUUCUUCAACCUGCAUCAGAUGGUCAGGAACGAGAUCGAGAGCAUAAAACAGGUGCAAAGGGAGAAGGCAGAGCGCAUGGUGCGGCUGCAGUUUGACAUGGAAAGACUCAUCUUCUGCCAGGACAAGAUCUACAGCGCAGUUCUCCAGAAUGUCCACCAGGAGGCGUCGCAGCCCCUGGCGAAGCCAGCACAGAUCCUCCCCAUGGCCGUCCUGGGGACCCCCAGCAACCCACCUGCCAUCUCCUGCAGGAGUGAAAUCGCCACCCACGUGGAGGCGUAUUGCUUGGAGACCAGCAAGCGCCUUUCCAACCAGAUCCCGCUGCUGGUUCAGUUCUUCAUCCUCUGGGAGAACGGCGACAACCUGCAGAAAGCCACGAUGCAGAUGCUGGAGAAGGACAAGUGUGCCUGGCUGCUGCAGGAGCACAGCGAGGCGGCCACCCAGAGGCAGCAGCUCAAGGACAGGAUCUACAGGCUUACCCAGGCGCGCAGCAGGCUCUGGCAGUUCUCCAAAGCGGGGACACCCUGAAGGGACCCCGGGGCCUCCAGGCAGCACCCUGAGCGGCAUGUGCCACUGGCUCCUGCCCUCACGCGCUCAUGCCACACGCACUGCCCAGCGUGGGGCUGGGCAGGCUCCCAGAGCACAGGG